ACUAUAAAAUAUAAAUAUGGUCAAACUUUGCUGUAACAAAUAAUUAGGCUUUAAAACUGGGAAAAGUCAUCCCAUGAGGAUAUCAACAAUUGUAAACUUAUAUCUUGUUUCAUGUCACAAUAUUGACAUAAUAUAUAGCCCAGAACUACAUAAACCUACAUAAACCUGACAUAUUAACAUGUGUUGGAGUUUGGUGAUUUCCUGCUGAAUACUUUGCUUUAUAUAAAACCAUGAGUGAGGCAUCACUCAGCAGAUUCUCUAUGACGGAGGGAAACCCUCUGCUUCACCCUCACCCUCAACCUUCCAGUCUGACAGAAAUUAAGAGAAUGAACCGCUGCCCUUGAUUGGCCGAGGAGCUCGGUCUCUGGCAGUAUCGUCUCCCCUGAUUGGUCAGACUCAGCUGCAGUGAGGAUGCAGAUUCUCUGGACCUUCUCUCUUCUGCUGACGCUGAAACAUUCUACGUCUCAUUUGCUGCCGCAUCAUUUAACCGCCAUCAUCGUGAGCUGUUUGCUCACAGCGCGAGAUUCCCAGUCUGAUAAAUGGAGAUCGGAUCAUGUCUCUGGAGUGUUUAUCCUGCUGAGUGUGUAUGUCUGUCUCCGUGGUGAUUGGUGACACAGAUGCUGAGCAGCUGUAGCAGCAGCAGCUUCACCGUGUCCUAAGCUGCCCUUUUCACUCAAAUCUUCAGCACUGAGGAGUGUGGUUUUUGGCGAGUCAGGUUAGAGCACUGUGAGGCAGACGCAGGUUUUGAGGAUGCUGCAGAACAUUCUGGCUUUCCUGAGUCACAGACUUUUUGGCUGGACGCAGUGUAAACCCGCUCAAACUCAGCCGCCGGGGGGAGAAGAUGGUGAGACGACUGCGGACGGUGGAGAGCUGCAGGCUGCUCCGACGACCGCACACUCCUCUGACACCAAAGACACGAGCAGCAGUCAUGCUACUCCAAAGAAGACCACAGUCUUAAUCAUGGUAGCACCACCUGGACAUCUUCAACAGAAAAUAGUGAAAGCAGGAGACAAAGACCUGGAUGGACAGCUGGACUUCGAGGAGUUUGUCCAUUAUCUCAGAGACCACGAAAAGAAACUGCGGCUGGUCUUCAAGAGUUUGGACAAGAAGAAUGACGGUCACAUCGACUCACAGGAGAUAAUGCAGUCUCUGCGUGACCUGGGGCUGAACAUCUCUGAGGAACAGGCUGAGAAGAUUCUUCGAAGUAUGGAUAAAGGCGGUACAAUGACGAUCGACUGGAACGAGUGGCGGGAUUAUCACCUGCUGCAUCCGGCAGAGAACAUUCCGGAGAUCAUCCUCCACUGGAAACACUCCACGAUCUUGGACGUUGGCGAGAGUUUGAUGGUGCCCGAUGAGUUCACAGCAGAAGAGAAGCAAACGGGAAUGCUUUGGCGCCACCUAGUGGCGGGAGGAGGAGCUGGAGCGGUGUCUCGAACCUGCACAGCACCGCUGGACAGGCUCAAAGUUCUCAUGCAGGUUCACGCCUCCAAGAAGAACAGCAUGCAUAUAGCCGGAGGCUUUACCCACAUGAUCCAAGAGGGCGGUGUGAGGUCACUGUGGCGAGGGAACGGCAUCAACGUCAUCAAAAUAGCUCCUGAGUCUGCUAUCAAGUUUAUGGCCUAUGAACAGAUAAAGCGACUGAUUGGAAGUAACCAGGAGACGCUGGGCAUCACAGAGAGGCUGGUGGCCGGAUCUCUGGCCGGAGCGAUCGCUCAGAGCAGCAUUUACCCCAUGGAGGUCCUGAAGACACGGUUAGCCCUGAGGAGGACGGGUCAGUACUCUGGCAUGUUGGACUGUGCCAAGCACAUUUUCCAGAAGGAGGGCAUGGCUGCGUUCUACAAGGGCUACGUCCCCAACAUGCUGGGCAUCAUCCCGUACGCUGGUAUCGACCUGGCCAUCUAUGAGACUCUGAAGAAUUGGUGGCUGCAGCGUUUUGCCACCGACAGCGCAGACCCAGGAGUGUUUGUGCUUCUGGCCUGCGGCACCACCUCCUGCACAUGUGGUCAGCUGUCCAGUUACCCGCUGGCCCUGGUCAGGACUCGCAUGCAGGCACAAGCUACUCUUGAAGGAGGUCCUCAAAUGACUAUGACGGGCCUGUUCAAACACAUCGUCCGGACAGAGGGCCCGAUGGGACUGUACCGUGGCCUGGCCCCCAACUUCAUGAAGGUGAUUCCGUCUGUGAGCAUCAGCUACGUGGUGUACGAGUACCUCAAGAUCGCACUGGGGGCUCAGUCCAAGUGAGGAGGGAGGUGGAGCGACCCAAAAACAGAGGCCAAAGCUAGUUUUUUUGUUUACUGAAGAAAAAAAGGAGCUAAAAUUCUGCACAUUUAAA